UCAGGCUCUGUUGGACUCCGUUAGCUGCGGAGCUUCAAGCCAUUUUCCCCUCUGCAUCGCGACCGUUCACACCUCCCGACAUGCAAACUCCAACGCUCUGACCUGGAACACAAAAGCACGUACGAACUGUGGAGGAGGAGGUGUGCGUAGCAGCGUCGUCGCGGACACCGGCAGAAUGUAUUCCGAGUGGCGCUCCCUGCACCUGGUGGUGCAGAGCGACCAGGGCCACCUCAGCGUCCUCCACACCUACCCGGCCGGAGUGGGCAUGGAGGUGGCCAACGCCGUGGUCAAGCCCCUGGGCACCGCCGUCAGCCCCGUGGCCACGGAGAACAUCCUCAAGACGGAUAAGGAGGUGAAGUGGACCAUGGAGGUGCUGUGCUACGGCCUGACGCUGCCCCUGGAGGGCGACACGGUGAAGCUGUGUGUGGACGUGUACACCGACUGGAUGAUGGCGCUGGUGGCCCCCCGGGACUCCAUGCCCGCGCCCGUCGUGAAGGAGCCCAACCUGUACAUCCAGACCAUCCUCAAGCACCUCUACAACGUCUUCCUGCCCAGGCCCGAACAGCACAGCCUGAACCACAUCAGGCUGUGUCAGCAAGUGCUGACGGCGGUCCAGAAGCUGGCCCGAGAGUCCGUUUCCAUGGUGAGGGAGACCUGGGAGGUGCUGCUGCUCUUCCUGCUGCGUGUCAACGACACUCUGCUGGCCCCGCCCACCACCGGAGUGGGCGUGGCGGAGAAGCUGGCGGAGAAGCUGAUGGCGGUGCUGCUGGAGGUAUGGCUGCUGGCCUGCGCCCGCUGCUUCCCCACGCCGCCCUACUGGAAGACGGCCCGCGAGAUGCUGGUCAACUGGAGACACCACCCGCCGGUGGUGGAGCAGUGGAGCCGGGUGGCCUGCGCCCUGACCUCAAGGCUGCUGCGGUUCACCCACGGCCCCUCCUUCCCGCCCUUCAAAGUCCCCGAUGAAGACGCCAGUCUGAUCCCCGCCGAGAUGGACAACGACUGCGUGGCUCAGACCUGGUACCGCUUCCUGCACAUGCUCAGCAACCCGGUGGACCUGAGCAACCCGGCCAUCGUGAGCACCACGCCCAAGUUCCAGGAGCAGUUCCUGAGCUCCAGCGGCAUCCCUCACGAGGUGGUGCUGCUGCCCUGCCUGAAGCAGCUGCCCCAGAUCUUCUUCAGAGCCAUGCGGGGGGUCAGCCGGCUGGUCGACGCCUUCCUGGGUAUCUCCCGGCCCAGAGCGGACAGUGCCCCGCCCACCCCCGUCAACAGACUGAGCAUGUCUCCGCCGCCCUCGGUCAACAACACCACGCCCCCGCACAGCCGCAAGCAGCGACACACGGCCGUCGCCAAGACGACCAGCAAGAGCUCCUCCAGUGCCAGCGGGAGCCAACCAACCAAAGCCUCCCAGCAGCAGCAGCAGUCCUCGUCGCCCACCCUGCUGUCCAGCCCCAACCAGACCAGCUGGGAGUCGCGCCCCCUCCCCGCGCCGGCCCGGCCCAAGGUCAACAGCAUCCUCAACCUGUUCGGCCAGUGGCUGUUCGACGCCGCGCUGGUGCACUGCAAGCUGCACAGCGGCAUGAGCCGCGACCCCAGCAUGACCGCCAUCGCCACCCAGGUGGGCCUGGAGCUGCGGAGGAAGGGGUCCCAGAUGUCGGCCGACUCCAUGGUGUCCAACCCCAUGUUCGACGCCAACGAGUUUCCCGAGAGCUACGAGGCCGGCCGCGCAGAGGCCUGCGGCACGCUCUGCCGCAUCUUCUGCAGCAAGAAGACCGGCGAGGAGAUCCUGCCCGUCUACCUGUCCAGGUUCUACAUGGUCCUCAUCCAGGGCCUCCAGAUCUCUGACUUCAUCUGCCGGCCGGUGCUGGCCUCCAUCAUCCUCAACUCCUCCGCCCUCUUCUGCUCCGACCUGAAGGGCAUCAACGUGGUGGUGCCCUACUUCAUAGCCGCGCUGGAGACCAUACUCCCAGACAGGGAGCUGUCCAAGUUCAAGAUGUACGUGAACCCCACGGAGCUGCGGAGGGCGUCCAUCAACAUCCUGCUGGCCAUGCUGCCCCUGCCCCACCACUUUGGGAACAUCAAGUCAGAGGUUCUGCUGGAGGGGAAGUUCAGCGAGGAGGAAAGCUCUCCUCACGACCAGCCCGUCUCCUUCCUGUCAUUGAGGCUACGGCUGGUCAAUGUCCUGAUCGGAGCCCUGCAGACGGAGACCGACCCCACCAACACACAGCUCAUUCUGGGUGCCAUGCUGAACAUCGUCCAGGAUUCAGCGCUGCUGGAGUCCAUCGGCACACAGAAUGAAACGGGCAGCGUCGACGGCAGCCACUCGGGCUCCAGGAACCAGAGCCACAGCCGCACCAACAGCGGCGUCAGCUUCAACAGCGGGGGCAGCGUGGAGCCCACCAGCCCCGACUCUGAGCGCCCGUCCCAGGCCCUGCUGAGAGACUACGGUGUUUCAGAUACGGCCGCUGGCCUGCUGGUGCGCAGCAUCCACCUGGUCACCCAGAGACUCAACUCCCAGUGGAAUCAGGACAUGAGCAUCUCACUGGCCGCCCUGGAGCUGCUGGCCGGCCUGGCCAAGGUAAAGGCCGGAGUGGACUCGGCGGACCGGAAGCGGGCGGUCUUUGCCAUCUGUCUCUACAUCGUGUACCAAUGCAGCCGGCCAGCCCCGCUCCAGUCCCGGGACCUCCACUCCAUGAUCGUGGCCGCCUUCCAGUUCCUCUGCGUGUGGCUCACUGAGCACCCCGACAUGCUGGACGAGAAGGCCUGCCUGGUGGAGGUGCUGGAGAUCGUGGAGCUGGGGAUCUCAGGCAGCAAGUCCCGGCAGGAGCAGGAGGUCCGGCACAAGGGGGACAAGGAGCACAACCCCGCCUCCAUGAGGGUGAAGGAUGCCGCCGAGGCCACCCUCUCCUGCAUCAUGCAGGUGCUUGGAGCCUUCCCGUCGCCCAGCGGGCCGGCCUCCACCUGCAGCCUGCUGAACGAGGACACCCUGAUCCGCUACGCCCGCCUCAGCUCCACCGGGGCCGGGAACUUCCGCUACUUCGUCCUGGACAACUCGGUCAUCCUGGCCAUGCUGGAGCAGCCCCUGGGCAACGAGCAGAACCCCAGCCCCUCGGUGACGGUCCUGAUCCGGGGGACGGCCGGGAGACACGCCUGGACCAUGCAGCUCUUCCACCAGCCGAGGGCCGCCCGGGCCACGCAGAGGCAGGUGUUUGUCCCUGAGGGACGGCCGACCCCCAACAACGACGUGGGGGUCCGCUACAGCGUGAAGCAGAGGCCCUUCCCCGAGGAGGUGGACAAGAUCCCCCUGGUCAAGGCCGACGUCAGCAUCCCUGACCUGGACGACAUCGUCAACAAGGAGGUGGGUUGUAUGGGCUGGCAGGAUGAGGCGACCAACACAUUCAAGUGUAAUGACCCACACCUGGAGCUGCAGCACGAGCGCCUGCGCAGCAUGAUGAGCAAGCAGGUGGAGUACGAGCAGGCGGUGGAGCGCAACAGCGAGGACGCCUGGCGGGCCAAGCCCUUCCCCGACCCCCACACCGACUGCAAGCCCCCCACGCCCGCACAGGAGUUCCAGACCGCCCGCCUCUUCCUGUCCCACUUCGGCUUCCUGUCCCUCGAGGCUCUCAAGGAGCCCAACAACAGCCGCCUGCCGCCCCACCUGAUCGGCCUGGAGUCCUCCAUGCCGGGCUUCUUCGACGACAUCAGCUACCUGGACCUGUUGCCGUGCCGACCCUUCGACACAGUCUUCGUGUUCUACGUGCGGGCGGGCCAGAAGAGCAGCCACGAGAUCCUGAGGAACGUGGAGUCGGCGGGCAGCGUGCAGCCCCAGUUCCUGGAGUUCCUGCUGUCCCUGGGCUGGGCCGUGGAGGUGGGGCGCCACCCGGGCUGGACCGGCCACCUGGACACCAGCUGGUCUCUGAACUGUUGCUCGGACGGCCCCCCCAGCCCGCCGCAGGAAGACGCAGGCAGUCCGGAGGAGACGGGCGGCUCCAUGUUCAACGGAGAGAGGAAGGUGCUGUACUACGCCGACGCCCUGACGGAGAUCGCCUUUGUGGUGCCCUCGCUGACGGAGAACUCUGAGGACUCGUCGGUCCACAGUGACUCCACCGUGGAGGCGGACUCCACCUCCGACCUCAUGCCCACCAUCCUGAAGCAGCCCAACCUCACGCUGGAGCUCUUCCCCAACCACUCGGACAACCUGGAGUCGGCCAAGAAGCUGAGUCCUCUGGUGAAGACCAAGCGGUCGUCCACGGGGAAGUCCUUCCCUCUGCUGGGGCCUGAGACCAAGGUGUUUGUGGUCUGGGUGGAGCGCUUCGACGACAUCGAGAAUUUCCCUCUCUCCGAUCUUCUGGCGGAGACCAGCACAGGCCUGGAGGCCAACGUCAGCAGCAGCACGUCCUGCAGGUCAGGGCUGCUGGAGAAGGACAUCCCGCUGAUCUUCAUCCACCCGCUGAAGACCGGUCUGUUCCGCAUGCGUCUCCACGGCGCCGUGGGCAAGUUCAGCAUGGUCAUCCCCCUGGUGGACGGCAUGGUGGUCAGCCGCAGAGCCCUGGGCUUCCUGGUGCGUCAGACGGUCAUCAACGUGUGCCGGCGCAAGCGCCUGGAGAGCGACCUGUACAACCCGCCCCACGUGCGGCGCAAGCAGAAGAUCACGGAGAUGGUUCAGCGCUACCGCAACAAGCAGCUAGAGCCCGAGUUCUACACCUCCCUGUUCCACCAGGUGGGGGAGGGCCGGCCCCACCUCUGACCUGACCCCUGAC